AUGUUUGCAACGCUAUUACCCGAGAAGAUAUACGAGAAGAACAUCCGAAGAAUGGUAAAUAACCUCGUGGCAAGCAACAGGCCGCGGGUUUUGGACUACACCAAGUCAAUCUACUAUCUGCUUUGCCAAUCGUCUUUCCACCGCACCGUUCUCGUGGGCUCCCACUCUCUUCCUCCCACCGAGUCUUUUCACCUUAGUGUCAACACCACCCAUAUCGAGGGCGCCUGUCUGUACCUGCCAACUUACCUUCGCUCUCAGGUCAAGCUCACAGGAGAGCUCAAGGACGCCAAUAUCAACCUGGUCUACCCCUUCAAAUCCGACGUAGUACCCUUGAUCUCAAAGGUUACAGGAGUCGAGUACUCUGACUACCUGGUCAUCACCUUCCUGGCAUGUAGCGAGGCAGACAUGGAAGUGAGCAAGGUCUACGCCCUUCUUUACCAACCGCUUCUCCAGGCCUGUCUGAAGGGCGUUCCUCUUUUUGCCCACGAACUUGCUGUCAGUCCGAGUUUCAAGCGGCACCUCAAGGGGAUAGGGUUUACUAAAAUCAACAGCCAUCCUACACACACGGGCUAUGUCCUGUGGCCCGAAAACCUACUCCUCAAUCUAUAUGAGGAUAUAGAAGAUCUCAUUUUGAUAAACAAUCCACGCUGCGCCACAAUCGCCCCCACUCUCGACAAGUUCGGAAGUCUCCACCGCAUGCUCCAGGUGGACCGUCCAUUAGAGUUCAACAUGGGGGCGACUAUGCUGAGCCGCGCGUUCCUCGAUGACCCGUUGAAAAUAGUUAUUCAACCCCAGAGCCAGCACCUGGCUCCGCUGCUCUUCGAUUUGACUAGAUACCUGUUCUCAGUGUCUUCCUACCGCGGUCUCUGCGUUGCUACUGUGAGUUGUGACAACAAGGGCCGCCAGGUGCUGCAGAUGGCGAGGUCUGAGGUUGCAGAGCAAUAUCCCAAUCAAGUAGACUAUGAUUCCUUUUCAGCCUGCAUGAUCGGCAAUCCACCGGGCCAAGAGUCUGGAUAUUGGGGAAACACGGCAAAUCUCGUUAAGAUAUACACGUCGGCGGGCAUUUCUACCAAAAACCUUGGUUGUCUUUCAGCGGGAGAAAAAAUGCACAGCCUCCACUGCGGCAGUCUUGAGAACCACUUCUACAUCUGUUGGAUUGCAGCAUCUGUCGCAUUCAAAGGCUACGGGCUUGGUGGCUACCUCAUGGACUGGGCAUGUGCGGUGACAGAUCUUUGCAAGGCUUAUCUGUAUUUAGAAAAUUCAAAGCUCGCGAAUAUUGGCUUUUAUAACAAGUACGGACUGACGGUUAAGCACAUGGCAAACGUUUCGCGUGCAUUGCACGAAACAUACACCUACUUCAUGCUUAGAGAGGUUAACCUGAAGUCGACAAGGCCCAUCGCUCGUGUGUGGGCCCACGACGAGAGGAGGAUGCGCGAGCAUGCAACUCCUUUAGAGCUUAAGUAA